AAAGUAACAAGCUAAGAGAGAUCCUACAAAACUAAGUUUUAGCCUAGAUUUUGGAUUCUGUUGAAAUGAGUUGUUUCUUGGGUCCAACUACGAACAACAAAAGUAGAGAAAAUGAAGGCUCAUCUUUGGCUGCUUCUUAUGAACAACAAGACCUACCGUGGAAUGAUCGGAAGCAGAUAACAACAUGGGAAGCGGUGGGAAUGAACAAACAAUCACCGAAAAAUAUCGAGGCAAAGAGUUUCAAAUUUCGUGAAUUAGCAACUGCGACAAACAGUUUCAGGCAAGAGUUUUUGAUUGGAGAAGGAGGGUUUGGGAGGGUUUACAAAGGAAAGAUGGAGAAGACAGGACAGGUGGUGGCUGUGAAGCAACUUGACCGUAAUGGAUUACAAGGGAAUAGAGAGUUUCUGGUAGAGAUCUUCAGGUUGAGUCUUCUUCAUCAUCCCAAUCUUGCCAAUCUCAUCGGAUAUUGCCUUGAUGGAGACCAGAGACUUCUUGUUUACGAGUUCAUGCCUCUUGGUUCUCUCGAAGAUCAUCUCCUUGAACUCAUAACCGGUAAACGAGUUAUAGAUACAACGAGACCAAGUCAUGAACAAAAUCUGGUUACUUGGGCACAACCGAUUUUCAAAGAACCAAAUAGAUUCCCAGAGCUAGCGGACCCACUUCUUCGAGGCGAGUUCCCGGAAAAAAGUUUGAACCAAGCUGUAGCAGUAGCGGCAAUGUGUCUGCAAGAAGAACCAAUAGUUCGACCAUUAAUCAGUGAUGUCGUCACCACCUUAAGUUUUAUGAGUACAAAAACCGGUUCACCUUCUGGUAUAACCGAUAACGCCCUUAACCAUUUUCAACCUUUAUCUUCUAAGAUCGUGGAGGACCAGGACGUGCUUCAAUGUGAGUCAGUUACAAGAGAUAUGUACUCGUUACUAUAACAAAUUCUUACCAAACGUUUCCAAAAUUAAUAUACUUUUUUCACAGCU